AUGUUGUUCAAGAAUACCGUUAGAUUUGGUUUGGCUGCUUUGAUGGCAGCUAGUUGUUCUGCUCAAGGAGAUGCUGUUGCUCCAGAGGAUUCUGCUGUUGUUAAGUUAGAUGCUGAUACAUUCCAUGAAUUUAUCAAGGAGCAUCCAUUAGUUUUGGCCGAAUUCUUUGCUCCAUGGUGUGGUCACUGUAAGACUUUGGCACCAGAAUAUGUGAAAGCAGCAGAUGAAUUGGAAUCUAAAGAUAUUCCAUUGGCUCAAAUUGAUUGUCAAGAAAAUCAACAAUUCUGUCAAGAGCAAGGAAUCCCAGGUUACCCAUCUUUGAAAUUAUUCAAGAACGGUAACCCAGAGGCUGCUGGUGAAUACCAAGGUGGUAGAGACGCUAAGGCUAUUGUCAACUACAUGUUGAAGCAAUCUGAACCUGCUGUGCAAGUUGUAGAAGAUGAAAAGGCUUUCAAUGAAAUUAUUGCCAAGAACUUGGAUAACACCUAUGUUGUCGACGGUAGCGUUCCAGAAUUCAAUGAAACUUUCUACCAAGUCGCUGAUUCUUUAAGAGAUGACUACAGUUUCAUUCAACACGGUAGUGAUGGAAAGUUGUCCAUUUACUUGCCAGGUGAAUCUGAGCCAAUUGUGUACGAAGGUGAAGACUUUGACGCCGAAACUAUUUCCACUUGGAUUGCUGUUGAAGCAUUCCCAUACUUUGGUGAUGUUAACGGUGAAACUUACCAAGCUUAUAUGGCUGUCAAGGUGCCUUUGGCAUACUUCUUCUACACUUCCCCAGAAGAACGUGAAGAAUACGAAUCUCACUUUGUUGACUUGGCUAAGAAAUUCAGAGGUAAGGUCAACUUUGCUGGUUUGGAUGCUUCCAAAUUCGGUAGACACGCCGAGAACUUGAACCAAAAGCAGCAAUUCCCAUUGUUUGCCAUCCAUGACACCAUUAAGGACUUGAAGUACGGUUUGCCACAAUUGGCUGAUGAAGAAUUCGCGGCUUUGGAAAAACCAAUCACUUUAGCCACUGAAGAAAUCACCAAGUUUGUUGAAGAUUUCUUGGAAGGUAAGGCGGAACCUAUUGUUAAAAGUGAAGAAAUUCCAGAAAUCCAAGAAAACUCUGUCUUUAAGAUUGUUGGUAAAAACCAUGAAGAAAUUGUCCGUGAUCCAAAGAAGGAUGUUUUAGUUGAGUACUACGCUCCAUGGUGUGGUCAUUGUAAGAAGUUGGCACCAACUUAUGAAAGCAUGGCUGAAUUUGCUCAUGAAAAUGACGAAUUGAAAGAUAAGGUCUUGAUUGCCAAGAUCGAUGCUACUGCCAAUGACGUUCAAUCUGUCGAAAUCCCAGGUUUCCCAGUCUUAUACUUGUGGCCAGCCGGUGAAGAAACUGAACCAAUUCUUUUCGAGGGACCAAGAACUGCCGAAGCUUUCCUAGCCUUCAUCAAGGAAAACGGUUCUCACGGUGUUGAUGGCCUUGCCCUUUACGAAGAAUACUUAGUUGAAGUGGAGAAGAAGAAACAAGAAGAAGAAGAAGCACAAAAGGCGAAGGAAGUUGAAGAAGUGGCUGAAGAAGAUUCUGAACUAGAGCAAGAUGAAUUGUAA